AUGGCGCCCGACAAUAAGAGUGGUAGGAAGCGGGCUGCGACUGAGUCAAUAAACAGCACAAACCCAUCGAAAGCCACAGCAAGUACUGGUAUUAACACUUCAAAGGGUAGGGAUGUGUUGGAAAAUGAGAAAGGCAAGAAGAAGAUGAAUGCACCAGACAGCACAAACGGUACGAACGGCACGAAUGGCAGCAUUGAUAUUAAUGGUUCGGGUGUGAGUGUGAAUGCGGAUACAAAUGUAAGUGGGGGGAGUGUGCAACACGAUAACGAUAAAGAUAAGAAUAACGGCACUAACAGUAAGCGCAGCCGUAAGAAACGGAAGGUGCAACCAGCAAAGAAGGAGGCCAAGGAGACUGGUAAGGAGGGCUCGUCCAGCUCGCUUAUCGACCACGAUAAUAACACUACACACACUGACACCCUUAUCAGUAGUAGCACUGCAAAUACAGAUACCGAUUUAGAUUCAAGUGCAAACACCAAAAGUAUAAAAAUCGGUGGCAAUACCACCACAAGUACAACCAGUGCAUCCAAUAAUAGUACGCUUGCCUCAAAUCGAUUAGCCGCACUAGAUAAGGUAAUCGGAGAUGCAGCACCAGUCAUGCAUAGUCUGGAGAAGCGGUUGCGGAAUAAGGAGGGCAUGUCCGAUGAUCAGUUCCACGUGACUGAGCUCAAGAAGAGCAACGUGGACACAGAUAAUGUUUCUAUGGAGACAGAUAGUACUAAUGCUAUCGAUGGUGCAAAUGAGAUCGUGACUAGGGGGAAGAAAAGCAAGGUAGGGAUGUUUAUGAAGGAUAUAUUACCUGAUCUUUCCAGCACAACAACGACAACGACGAAGAACACGGCAUCAAAGGUGGGUACGGCUGGCUUGGAUGGGAUUAAUGGUCUUGUCGAUAUAAACAAUAAGGGAACAAGCAAUACAAACAGCACACGAGCAACUGACCCAAUGGAUGUGUCUGGUACUGUUGAACUAAGUGCGGCGGGUGAUACUACUACGGAUGCGACAUCUGAACGAACGAAUAGCACGGACAAUAAUAAUGGCACCAAAAAGAGGACCUCACAAAACGAAGCGCAAUUGAACACAGGCGACGCCGGGGAUAAGCUGUUGAGCGGUACAGAACUGUCAAAGCCCGAGACUAUCACGAGUGUACGUCAUUUAAUGGAGAAAUUUAGGCAGUUGCUGGGAGAAGACGUAGAACGGGAGAUCCAUGGGUUGCUGCUCGAGAAAAUCGCACAGAAAAUGGCGAACGCUGACAAUGGCGAUACACACACAAAGAAGUCAAAGCCCGAGACUCUCAUGAGUGUAUGUCGUGACGGGGAGAAAUUAGGGCAGUUCCUGGGAGAAGACGUAGAACGGGAAAUCCAGGAGUAUCUGCUCGAGAAAAUCACACAGAAAAUACCGAUCGCUGACAAUGGCGAUACACACACAAAGAAGGACGACGCAAAGAAGGAUGCGUCUUCCCUGUCUCUGAAGAGUUUAACUGGAAAUUCGCGCAUUAAUGCGCAGCAGGAAAGCGAAUGGAGGAAGGCUUUGUUCAAGACCUUGAAGGGUAUAGAAAGUAAUAAAACAGACAAAGUCACCUCGGAUAGUAUUGUUAGUGCUGACAAGAGCACUCCCGCGAGGAUCAGCAGUGAUAAAGCUAAAGAGAAUGACUCAGUGGGACCUGUUAGUUCGGCGUCGAAGGCACUGAGUGCGCAAAAGCGUUUGAAACAGAAGCAGCAGACCGCCGGGAGGCUAUACGCAGCCAUGGAGGAUAUCCUCAACUGUGGUAUAUGCUUCUGUGCCCCGGAGAAGGAGAUCUAUCAGUGUCCAAACGGGCACUUGCUAUGUGACGAGUGCCACAAGCGGCUUAUAAGCACAGACAACAGUGUAUGCCCCAACUGUAGGGCAGUUAUGUCGGGCACACAUCCGACUAGAAACAUUAUUGCCGAGGCAGCGCGCGAUGAGUUACCCGCCGAGUGCGCGAAUAGGGGGUGUACGCACGAGACAACGCUGGGAAGAAUACGGGACCACACUGAGAACACGUGCGAGUACCGAACAGUGUCAUGCAAGUUUAGUCCCAUAGGGUGCGAUUGGACGGGUAUAGCCAAAGACCUGGGCGAACACGAGGCCGGGUGUGUGAUCAGCGUGUUGCCGGGGAGUGAGUUGCUGGAGAUAGCCGAGAAACAAAGGGAGAGGAAAGCUCAGGCGCAAACUAACGCGAAGAGUGUACAGCAAAAGGAGAGCGAGAUUAUAGCCUUGCUAUCCAGCAAAUGUAGGAAUAUAUCCAUCAAGGACGUCAGGCUGGAGAAGGAUGAUAUGGUGCAGGAUAUCUGCUGUACACCUUUCAAGGCCGUCAAACAACGGUGGAUCAUCAAACUCGCCAGCAAACUGCUCCCAGCUACCGGGGAGCCCCUCAAAGCGAAUGCCACAGCCGCCGAGAAAGCCGCGCAUGAGAAAACAAGAGAGUACAAAGUAGGUAUCAGAAUCGUACGCUCCGGCCGGAUCGCACACAGGGGGCGUACAAAGAUGUCCUUCGCGCUGAUGGCUGGGCCUAGUCUAGCUGUGAGUCUGUCGCCUAUGCUGCUCACACACACGUUUAGUAACCAGGAUAGGAGCACGCCUGUGUUUGAGUUGCCGCUGAGUUCUGACGAGGCGAAGCGGUUCGUGGCGUGUCAUCAGAUACAUUUAAGAAUGAUCUUCUUCGAUCAACGUGCUGGACUUAAUAGGGAAUUCACCUCUCUCCGUACCAGCAACGGGGAAGUGUUCGACGGGCUGGAUGCAGAUGGCGGCGACUCAGAGAGUGAGUGUGAACACGAAGACCAUCACCAUCACGGAGAUGAUGUGGAUUUGUUCGAGGAAAGCGAUUCGUCUGAGGACGGCCAUGACGGUCAUGGGGCUGAGACGAGUACUGGUAACUGGAUUUGUCUGUAUUUUAAAUACGAAUACGAAAAAAAUCUAUCGCGAUGUUGUCUUGGUGUGUUGUUUAUUUUUGGAUGCAUAUAUGUAUGUGUUUUUGGUGUUUGUGUACGUUUUGUAGUGUUGGUGGACGGUAUGUUUCUCAGUGUAUAUGUAUACAUACGUAUAUAUGCAUUUUAUUCAUCCAUGCAUGAGGAUAUGCGUGUGAAAGCGGGGACGAUCUCUUUCGCGGUGCUGUGGCUCGGUUUGAGGCUAUGGACUCACCGGUCGACGGAUGCUCGGGUCACUGGCAUGUAGUAUUCAGUUUGCAGGUAUUGGGGAAGGUGUAUGUCACAGCACUUUCUCUACUAUUUCACACCUUAUCUUCGCUAUUCAGCUCAUUGGUUUCAACUAACUACGAGUAUUUUAUGUAUAAAUGCGUGUGUGUGGUUUUUAAUUGCAGAGAUGGUAUAUAUAUGUGCAUAUAUAUAGCUAUAUUAAAAUUCAAAUGUAUAUAUAUAUAUAUAUAUAAACUUAAUAUUAAUGAAUAGGAAUAUUCUAUAUAUAUAUAUAUACAUAUAU